AUGGCAGACGAUCAGCCAAAGGGACUUAUUGCGAACAAGGGCAUUGAGUUGCUCACUUGGGGCACACCCAAUGGCUGGAAAGCUAGCAUUCUGCUUGAAGAGCUCAAAGAGGCCUACGGAAAGGAAUACACGUGGCAGCCCAUCAACAUCGGCAAGAACACACAAAAGGAGCCCUGGUUUACUAAGCUAGGUCCCAAUGGCCGAAUCCCAGUCAUUGUGGACCAUGAUCAAGGUGGUUUUGCUGUACAAGAGGGCCUCGCCAUCCUUACAUACCUGACGCGCCACUACGACCCCGAGCACAAGCUGAGCUUUAGCGACCCCCUUGACGUCUCGCGCGCAGAGCAAUGGAUGGCGUGGCAGCACGGCGGCCUUGGUCCGAUGCAAGGCCAGGCCAAUCACUUCAACCGCUUUGCCAAAGAGCGCAUUCCAUACGGUAUGCAACGCUACACGGGCGAGACGGAGCGCCUGCUGGGUAUUCUUGACUCGCACCUGGCCAACACUGAAUUCCUCGUGGGUAAUAAGUAUAGUAUUGCCGACAUUGCCAGCUUCGGUUGGUGUCAUAUGGCGAGCUUCUCAGGCAUCGACCUUGAAAUGUUCCCCAACUUGAAGAAAUGGCUGGACAGGAUACUUGCCCGGCCCGCAGUACAGAAGGGCCUUGCGAUCCCGUCUAAGAGCACAUAUGGCAACGACGCGUACUUGCAGAAGUUGAAGGAUGACAAGGAGUUUGCGGAGAAAGAGCAGCAACUUCAGGAACAGAUCAAGUCUGCCAAGGAGCAGUAUGGCUACAAGUACUCUAGCCCUUGA